AUGCAGACAAUCGAAACCAUCUUCCUCAUUUCCUUGCCGUUUGGCAUUUCCCUUUUGCCUGUUGUAUCAUCCCAGCCCCUCGAUAGCAAAUAUUACCGCGGCCAAUUGCUAAAUGAAGACGAUAACACCAUCCGAACGUUGACGCCCGCUUCGACUGGCUCCAUCAAUAGCAUGCAAACUGCGUCGCGCAACAUCGUGGCCAAGCAUGCCCUCGGCCGCACCACAACCAUUCGUAGCGUCCCCAGCUUCGACAGCUCCGGGUCAAGCCCCGAGACCAACCAGAGUCCCUUUUCCAGCAGCACCAACAGCAACACGAGCGCCGCCUCGACCGCCCUAGGGGUUCCCGGCCACGACAAGGCAGCCAGCCGAUCAGUAUCCGCCACAACCACAACGACCGACACACAAACGACGGCCGCGCCGAGCCGCUGGAGCGCCAGCGGCGUCCGCGUAAUAGAGACCCAGUCGCCGGGGCAGCUGCCUCAUGAUGGCUCGGAACCCACGGACGCCGAGAAUGGACAGUGGGAUUCCACCAUUGGCAAGGCCGGCCUCGGCAAGACGGGCCGCGUCAUCAACAAGCUCGUCAGCGACAACGACGCCCUGAAGCGAGAGAUCCAGAUUGAGCGGCUACGCGCUGAGGAGGCCAAGCAGGCCGCCAAGCUGAUCGAGGACAAGAUGGAGCGCAUGGUCGGCGAGUACGAGGGCCGGUUGCUUGAGGCGAACGUCACCAAGACGCUGCUCGCCCGCAAGGAGCGCCAGGUCGAGUCCCUGACGGCCGCCGUCGGGGUCGAGCGUGGCAAGGCCGCCGCCGCCGCCGAUGCGGAGCGCACCUGGAAGGAGGCCAUGCAGCAGGAGCGCGCCGACGCCAAGACGCAGGUCGAGCAGGCCGCCGCGCACGCGCAGCUCAUGGAGGGCCGCUACAACGCCAUCUCGUCGCACUGGCGCGAGCAGGGGGACCAGGUCGCGCGGGCGGUCGCCAAGAUGCGCGCCGAGAUCGCCGAGAUCGUCGACGCCCGCAGGCUCGACGACGACCGCAUCCAGACGUUGCGCGACCUCUGCGAGCAGCAGGACGCCAACAUCCGUGCGCUGCGGAGGGAGAAGGAGGAGAUUGCGAGGGUGUUUGAGGCGUACAAGAGGACGCAGGAUGAUGACUUGCGGGACAUACGGACGAAUGCGAAGAAGAGGGAGGACGAGCAGGAGCGCAUGCUGGCGGAGGCGCGCGAGGCGCUGGAUAAGCUGAAAUGGGCCCUCAAUGUCAAGAACAACGUCAAGGGCGCGCAAUAA